AUGGUGCAGCUCUUCAAUGUGCCGGCGUUCUUCAUCCUCUUCAGGGAGACGCUGGAGGCGGCAAUCAUCUUAUCAGUGAUGAUGGUGCUGAUUGACAAUAUUGUGGAGGAGACAUCCUUGCGGCGGCGGAUGAAGAAGCAUGUAUGGCUCGGGGUAGUGACUGGAGUGGUCUUGUCCUUGAUCAUCGCUACGAUAUUCAUCUCAUUAUACUACACGGUCGCCAAGGAAGCGUGGGAUAGCUCAGAGCCUCUCUGGGAGGGGAUCUUGUCGCUCAUUGCUGUAGUGCUGAUUACCAUCAUGGGAUUCUCCAUGAUUCGCGUGGACACAUGGAGGGCCAAGUGGGAGAAGAAGCUCACCAAGGUGACGGUGGAGACCCUGAACAAGCAGGGUGAGGUACAGAGCAAGCGCAGCAAGUACGCGCUGUUCCUUCUGCCCCUGAGCAUUGUGCUUCGGGAGGGAGUCGAAGCAGUUGUGUUCCUCGGCGGAGUGGGCCUCGAGGGCUCUGGCACUGCUAUCCCCAUUCCCGCAGUCGUCGGAGCGCUGUGCGGGAUCUUUGCCGGGUACUUGAUGUACAAGGGCUCCAACAAAAUGAACUUCAAGUGGUUCCUGGUCGGAUCUACUGCGCUCCUUUUCCUUGUAGCCGCAGGACUGUUUGCUGGCGCCGUGCAUGAGUUUGAGGAAUACACCGAAAACGAAAAAAUCUUAUGGAAACUGCAUUGCUGCCACCACAAGAAGGAUGGCAUCUGGAAAAUUCUGAAUGCUAUCGUGGGCUGGCGCGAUGAGGCGACCGUGGGCACACUCGUCUCUUACAUUAUGUACUGGGUGUUCGUGGCCAUCGCCUUCGUCAUCCUGAGCAUGAAAUGGAAGCGCGAAGCUGAACGCGACGCAGCGGUACUGGACAAGAUCCCUGAUGAAGGAAUGAAGAUCCCUGUCUAG